CGAUAUUAGAAUGCCUCUCCAACAGAGACGUAAUGCUGGUGAGUCUUUCUCCUCUCUCCGAUCUUUCGUCACGUGUCAGUGCAGUUUUGGCCACAUGACCAAUUUGGAUGAACUAGGUAGGACCUACAACGACUUAGGUUAGUUUUGUAGCUGUCGCCGCUGCGAAAGUGAGCCUAAUUCUGCAACCUCGCAGCACUCGGGUUAUUGAGCUGUCAAGUGUGCGGAACGAAGGCAAGCGCUCCGCUCGAGUUAUUAACUCAUCAAGUUUCGUCAAGUGCUUGAGGUUUGCAAACGAGCGGUCAUGUUGGCCUGUCCUCAAUCAGUGUAACUGUAUCAAAGAUUCCUCGAAACUCUGCAGCCUAUUUAUACCGUGUGCUAACGACCACUUUCUAGAUUGCCACUCGCCAUUUCGCCCCCGUCCGCUCAGCUAUGGGUGCCCGUCCAGCACAAGGACCUACACAGAAGCACCGCGCGGCUCCAUAUGACGAUGCGCCACCGCCCAACCUCAAGUUCAUGUCCAACAGCGAGCGCGGUAAGUAUUACCGACGCAGACGCAAACUGUACGGCCAGCACCUCGCAGAACAUGUGGCCGAUCUGCGCGAGGAGAUCUCGGCGUUGAUGAUCUCGCGUCAGGUGCAGCAGGAGCUGUCGCUGUCGCAACGACGCACACCACUGGGCGCUGCGGCCCACAUCGUGGACGAAUACUGCUCGCUGUUCAGCCACGGCGCGCCCGUGCGUCUGGCCGUGGACGAGCAGGACGCGUCGGCGUCGCUCGUAGCACAGGCCACCAACGCCCAGCGUGGCUUCCUGAGCGCCAUUAUGAACGACAACGUGCGGUUCGGCGAGUUCCUGGGCGUGGAGCUGCUGCUAGACCAAUGGGAGCGCUACUCACUAUACCAUGCAGCCAUCGAGUGGAAGAUGACAUCAUUGAACAUCAUGCAGCUGGCCGAGCCGCGCGUUUUAACUAUGGAGAACCGCUACGACGAGGGUCCGCUGGUGGUGUCAAUCACAGCGGACUUGCGCGUGCGGUUCUCUCGUCGAACGAUCGAGGAGGUGUUUCCUCACUUGGUGGGGGACGAGGCACUGACACAGUCGCUCAUUGGACUGGUGGUGACGUACCCGUGCGUGAACCACUUCCACUUCAACGAAUAUGGCAAGAUCGAGUGGUAUGCGCCCGAAGUGGAUUUUGUCGGUGCGCUAAUGAAGGCGCUAGGUAGUCCGGAGCUGGUGGCGCACGUAGUCGGCCAUGCAUUGAUACAAAAGGACCACAUGAUCGGCGACGAGAGCGAUGGCCGGAAGCUUGCUGUUGUCGAGAUUAUCGAUGAGCACGAGGGGACAACGGAUCCCAAUUUCAUCGAGACUGAUAGUUAUGAGGAGUCGAUGGUUGCCAUACCUGAGAACCGGUCGAACAACAAGCACCUCCGAGAAGAUUACGGCUUUGUUGCCGUAGUGAGCGACGAUGAACCAUCCCCGGAGUCGCCGCAGUCGUCACCAAAGCUACCGAACAGACUGGAUCUGGCCUAUAUCCUAGCCGAGUGAAAUACCCAUUUUAAACUUGCUUUUUAUUAAUACAUUAUGCUAUGCUCUUACGAUAUA